AUGUAUUAUAAUUACAAACAAUUUUUUUCAAUCGUUUUAUUGGCUAUUGUUGAUGUCAACUACCGAUUUGUGUUGAUCGAUAUUGGAGCAUAUGGUAAGGACAGUGAUAGUGGUGUUUUGAAUAAUUCAAAAAUAUACCACCGUAUUGAAAAAGGAACAUUGAAAGUGCCUAACGCGAAAUUACUUCAGAUUACAACAAAUAUGGCACCUUUUGUAUUUAUUGGAGAUGAAGCUUUUCCUCUGCGAGAACAUUUGUUAAGACCCUUUCCGAAAAAACAAUUAAGUGACGAGGACAAAUCGUAUUAUAAUUAUAGGUUAUCCAGAGCUAGAAUGACGGUCGAAUAUGCAUUUGGCAUAGCGGCAUCAAAAUUUCGUAUAUUACAAAACUCAAUAGAAACUAAAAUCGAAAAUGCUGACCAUAUCGUCAAAGCAAUUUGUAUUUUGCAUAAUGUGAUUAUUAAUCUUGAAAAAAAUCAGUCAGAUCUUAAAAUUAUAGGAAAUAAAAAUGGGAUAUCCUGUAAAAAUUAUUUGGAUAGUAUUUGA